ACUAAAUGAGCGAUAGUCUGCCGCACACUGUGUGUUGAGCGACUUGUCCUGUUCUACUUUAAUUAUUAUUGUUACACCAUUUAGUUUUUUAUUUUGACCACAAGCCAAAGCCAGCCCAGCUGCACCUGCCAUAUUUACCCUGGUGUGCACUCUGCGAAUAACACAAACCCUCUGCUCUACUCGGUUACAUGGUCUCUCCGCGCAAGGCAGUGUCGGGCAGCGGCCCAAAAGACAAACGCAGCCGCCUCUGGAGCGUGAUUAAGUGGGCAGUGGUCUCGCGCAUGGCCUCUUUGGCGCUGGGCAUAGUGUCCAACGCAGUCAUCGACGACUACGACGCCUCACUCGGGGUGUUCCUGCCUCCAGCGCCCAGUGCGAACAGUGGGCAGCUAUCGCUGCUCUGCAGUCGUCUCGCUCGCGGACUGGCGCAAGUGGUCGUGCGGUGGGACGCGUUCUACUUUGUGCACAUUGCGGACUCUGGCUACGUGUACGAACAGGAACAUGCAUUUUUUCCGCUGCUGCCGCUGCUGAUGCGCCUGCUGGCCCGCACUGUGCUGGCGCCGCUCGCUGCCCUGGCCGGCCGGCAGCUGGCGCUGAUCGUUGCCGGCGUGGCCAUUAGCAAUGUGUCGUUUGUGCUUGCUGCGGGGACAAUCUACAGACUGGGCUGCGCCACGCUGCGCAGCGAGAGGCUGGCAUACAUUGCAGCACUGCUAUACACGGUCGCGCCAUCCAACAUGUUUAUGACGGCGGUGUACACCGAGAGCCUAUUUGCAUGGCUGGUGUUCUCAGCGCUGCUGCUGAUCUCUCGGCGUAAGUACCUGCUGGCGUCGCUGUGCCUGGCGGCCAGCAGCCUGUGCCGCUCGAAUGGCGUCAUGUACUCUGGGUUCAUCGUGUGGGACCUGAUUGUGCGCAGUGAUGCUCGCGACGGGAGCGCCAGCAGCAGCGGGCGUCGCGCGUUGCUGUGGCAGGCGCUGAAGGCGACAGUGCUGGUGGCAAUCUCAGCGCUGGGAUUCAUAGCGUUCCAGGCAUUUGGCAAGCGCGAGUUGUGCCAACAGCCGAUCCACUCACCGGCAGCCAGCGCGCGUCCAUAUUGCGAAAGCUCGUUGUCGACGGUGUACGGGUUUGUGCAGACAGAGUACUGGGAUAUCGGCUUUCUGCGGUAUUACACGCUGCAGCAGCUGCCAAACUUUCUGCUGGCGGCACCGAUGGUUGUGCUGUCAGGCGCGGGGCUGUGGGCCUAUGCGGCACACGAUCCGCCGCGGGUAGCGACACUGGGGUUGCGGAUGCGCAAGAGGAAGCUGAGCGCUGUUCAAGGUGUGGCAGCAGAGGAAGGAGCAGAGGCAGAGGCAGAGAUACGGGCAACGGCCGCUUACUUCGGCGACUCGCUGCUGCCGCACAUGUACUUCUGGGCAGUGCUGCUAGGCGUGGCGGCUGCGACGAUGCACGUGCAGGUUAUAACGCGGUUUUUUUCCAGCGUGCCGGCAGUGUUCUGGUUCGCGGCGCACGUAGUGGCAUCUUCACUGCCGCCGCCAGCGCCAGGCCAGCGGCCAGCGACGACGACAACAGCAAAGGCGGCGCUGAAAACGCCAGCAGUGGCCUUGGCCGUGGUUGGCUACUUUGCCGCGUACGGGCUGGCCGGCGUUGUGCUGUUCAGCAACUUUUUUCCGCCAGCUUGAGCCGGGGAUCACGUGCCUGGCCUGGGCCGAUUCGGUUUGAAAAUUUUUUUCUUGCGAGAUGAGCGGAUUAUCGCUCGAGGCGUGUCACCCCACUGGUUGCGCUCGGG